AUGGGAAGCAGACCUGCACUGAAAGACCUCCACAACAUGAUGAUGAAAAGGAGGAAUCAUUUACUAACAGCUCACUUCUCGACGCCUGUAAGAAGGAACCUGAUCCGAGUGAGACACAUCCUGUCCCGGGGUUUGGACGACGUUAACAGAAGAGACAAGAGAAAUACAACACCACUCAUGAUGGCAGCAAAGGAGGGGCACAGAAGAAUAGUUGAGUUUCUGCUGAGUAAAGGGGCUAUUAUGUCACUAGUUGAUAAUAACGGCGACAACGUUCUGCACUCGGCUUGCAGAGGGGGACAUGUGGAUAUGGUGAGGUAUGUACUCUCACAACACAGUGUUGAUAUUAACAGUAGAAGCAAGUCCGGAAAAUCGCCCCUGAUGACGACCGUAUAUAAUGGACAUAGAGAAGUAGUUGAUGUUCUUGUGGGUAUGGGGGCUAAUGUGUCACGAGUGGAUGAUGAUGGCGACAACGUUCUGCACUAUGCCUGCAGAGGGGGGCAUGUAGGUAUGGUGAAGCAUCUACUCUCAAAAUACAGUAUUGAUAUUAACAGUAGAGGCAAGUCCGGAAAAUCUCCCCUGAUGUCGACCGUAUAUUAUGGACACAUAGAACUAUUUAAUGUUCUUGUGGGUAUGGGGGCUAAUGUGUCACAAGUGGAUGAUGAUGGAGACAACGUUCUGCACUAUGCCUGCAGAGGGGGGCAUGUAGGUAUGGUGAAGCAUCUACUCUCAAAAUACAGUAUUGAUAUUAACAGUAGAGGCAAGUCCGGAAAAUCUCCCCUGAUGUCGACCGUAUAUUAUGGACACAUAGAACUAUUUAAUGUUCUUGUGGGUAUGGGGGCUAAUGUGUCACAAGUGGAUGAUGAUGGAGACAACGUUCUGCACUGGGCCUGCAGAGGGGGGCAUGUAGGUAUGGUGAAGCAUCUACUCUUAAAAUACAGUGUUGAUAUUAACAAUAGGGGACGGUUUGGAAGAACUCCCCUGAUGACGACUGGCUAUUCUGGAUCGAUAGACUUGUUUACAUACCUCGUUAGUUCAGGAGCUAAUGUGUCAGACGUCGAUGAUAAAGGAGACACCAUACUCCAUCGUGCAUCAGUUGGAGGACAUGCAAAGAUGAUUCAGCACAUCAUAUCACAGGACAUCGUGGACAUUAACAGUAGAGGAAGAUACGGAAGGACACCAUUGAUGAGAGCGGUAUAUUAUGGAAAGAGGGAAGCAUUUGAUGUACUUGUGAGUAGCGGGUGCCUAACUGACUUAGUGGAGGACCAGGGUCACACCAUCCUUCAUCUGGCCUGUUUAGGUGGACGUGUGGAGAUGGUGAAGUAUAUCCUCUCACGGAACAUGACCAACAUUAACGCCAGGAACAAGGAUGGGGACACAGCAGCCACGAUAGCAAAGCGUGAAGGGCAACAUGCAUGCUAUCACUGUCUUGUUUCACGUACCUGUUGA